CUCUAGAACAGAACUUGCCUUCCAGAGACAAGUGUUAGAAGCCUAACGGAGAGUCGAUUCUAUGACGGAGGGUUAAAGCUAUUCUAUCAAGUGAAAUCAAGCGGGAUCAGCAAGAUAUAGAUAGCGAGGUCUGAAGAGCACGGUUACAACUGAGAAGAUUCUAUUUAUGUUUCUGGGAAGAGGCAAUAAAAUAUGUAGGACUCGCGCGUCAAAACCCACGGGAUUCCAAAGAGGGUUUAUCAUCGGACCGCGUGCCAAGUGCGACUCGCGUAGGCUAUUCAUGCAAAUUUAUAAAAUCAUAGGCGUGCCUCUUUUUAGCCAUGUACUCGCGGACUGAAAGGCGAACCCCCUGGCUUACUAGCUGCUUCCAGACUGUAAUACGCAGCACUCGGACCUACACAUAGGGACUGCACGCGCGCGAUGAUGUCCGCGUUUUAAAAUCUGGAUAGAAGAAAGCAGAAGCAAGGACAAGUUUUAAGGGAAGCUAUUGUUUGUCUUUUCUUAAAGGCAUCUAUAUAUAUUCUGCAGACUCUCAGCGUCUGCUUUUCACUGCGCACUUUCGCAAACGAGUGCAGAUGAGUUACUUUGAUAUUGUUUAUUUUUGUUGUAAGAUAGGGUAAGGUUACGGAAACGGCUACUCACUGAGGAUACUGAUGCUGUCUAUCUUGACGUUGAUCCCCUAUACAGUUUUUUGCGUGUAAAUCUGAGUUGGACCGCUGACCAGCAUUAGGCUACUGAAAACUUAAUAGAUCAGUAGUCAGUUUUUUAAAAUCUUAAUCGGUUUUAUUUAAUCGACAAUGUCAGAGGACGACACCAGUUCUUGUGGCUCUGCUAGUUCCCUAAAUGAGCUGGAGAAUAGCAAUGUCAGCGUCCUCAGCUGGGAGCAAGUGCAGCGGCUGGACGCAAUUCUUACGGAGACCAUCCCCAUCCAUGGCCGUGGCAACUUCCCUACACUGGAGAUGAAACCGUUGGAGAUCGUGAAGGUGGUCCGGAGCCGCAUGGAGGAGAAGCAUAUCAAUGUCAGGGACGUUAGGUUAAACGGGUCUGCUGCCAGCCACGUUCUUCACGAGGACAGUGGACUCGGGUACAAGGACCUCGACCUGAUAUUUUGCGCGGAUAUGAAGGGAGAAAUUGACUUUCAGAUUGUGAAGGAUAUCGUUUUGGACUGCCUUCUGGAUUUCCUACCCGACGGAGUGAAUAAGAAGAAAAUAACUCAAUUAACUUUAAAGGAGGCCUACGUACAGAAGAUGGUAAAGGUGUCUAAUGACUCCGACCGCUGGAGUCUAAUCUCGCUCUCCAACAACCGAGGGAAGAACGUGGAGCUGAAGUUCGUGGACUCCCUCCGCAGGCAGUUUGAGUUCAGCGUGGACUCCUUCCAGAUCCAGCUGGACUCUCUCCUGCUCUUCUACGAGUGCUCUGAGAACCCCAUGGCACCGGCCUUCCACCCCACCAUCGUGGGCGAGAGCGUCUUCGGAGACUUCGGCCAGGCCCUUGACCACCUGCGCCACAAGAUCAUCUGCACCCGCAACCCGGAGGAGAUCCGGGGCGGCGGGCUGCUCAAAUACUGCCACCUGCUGGUGAGGGGGUUCCGCGCCGACUCGGAGACGGAGAUGAAGUCCCUGCAGCGCUACAUGUGCUCGCGCUUCUUCAUCGACUUCUCGGACAUCCUGGAGCAGCAGAGGAAGCUGGAGUCCUACCUGCAGAACCACUUCACGGGCCUGGAGGACCGCAAGCACGACUACCUGAUCACGCUGCACGGCGUGGUCAACGAGAGCACCGUGUGUCUGAUGGGCCACGAGCGGCGGCAGACGCUGGGCCUGAUCGCCAUGCUGGCGGUGCGCGUGCUGGCCGAGCAGAACGUCUUCCCCAACGUGGCCAACGUGACCUGUUACUACCAGCCCGCCCCUUACGUCGCCGACGGCAACUUCAGUAACUAUUACAUUGCGCAGGUGCAGCCCGUGUUCACUUGUCAGCAGCACUCCUACUCGACCUGGCUGCCCUGCAACUGAGCCUGCAGCGACGGAGGGAUGGGAAGAGAGGGAAAUGGGGAGAGGGAGAUCGGAAAACGUGUUUGUAUGCAGGAGUCACCUGUUGGGUGUUUCACAGCUGAGUCGCCCGAUCAAGGGGUCUCCUCGCCUUAUCGUUUCGAAUUUCAAAAUUUGAAUCGGAAUGUUUUGACUGGCUGUAUCAGAGCUCGGUCAGUAAGAUCAGGAUAGCCAGGGCUCGGUAGCCAGUGAGGACUGGCUUUUAACGUAUGAUAGGAACGCUCUCGAGUACCCCCCAAACCCCUCUACUGCUCUGGGGGUCCUUCACCCCUUCCCUUUCCCCUGCCCCCACCUGCCCACACCUGGGGUUAAGGUUUGCUCAAGCAUCAAUGCAAAGCAAAGAAAGCCUGUGAGAGUCCUUGUAGCACAAAUCCAACCAACAAACCACUGGUGCUGCAGACAGAUGAACACAGAUGGAUGGACUUGGAGCCUUCAGCUGUGUGUCCUGCAAUCCUGCUGACUCAGAUCCCCCCUCCCCCCUCCCCCACCCCCGCCCCCAACACAGAGCUCUGUGGACUUUCUGUCAGGUCCUGGGUCGAUGGACCUCAUCUGAACUGGCUGUCAGACUUACAACCUCACACAGACUCAAAUUAGACUUCCUAAAGAAACCGUUGUUUGGUAAAGAGAUUAAACGAAAUUCCCUGUAUAUGUAUGUGACCUUGUGUUUUAAGUGCCUAGAGCUUAGCAGAGGUUAGAGGGAGCAAGGCCUUGUGGGAAUUAGGGUCUGGGGUCUCUUGUUUGUACUGGGGAUGUUCAAGGGGGUGGGAUUUUUGCCCUGCUUUAUACAUUGAUUGGCCAAACUUUAUGUACGUCUGCAGACAUUUAGGGAACUGCCGAGAAGGUGACUCCCACACCCUAACCCCGCCUCUUAGGCCUCUCCCCCAGAAACAACGGAGGGAGCAGUUGCUGCACCGCCGCUUUCUUCAAAUAUGGGUUUGAUGUUGUUUUGUUGUGGUUUAUCUUGAAAAUAUUGUUGAUUCCUAUUAAAGCUGAUCUUAUGAGUCGAGGCAGAAUCCUGGAGUUUCAUGAUCCCAUGGCUUUGUAUGCAUCCAACCAACCUUCAUGAAUGGAGCUAAUUGCAAACGAGACCAGACUUGUCAGACCGGGAGGCAAGAAAGGAGGCAGGCAAGCAGGCGGGCGGGCAGGCGGGCGGGCGGGCAGGCAGAGAGCUGGUGUGUGUAGGGAGAUAUUUGCAGACACCUCUGGUGAUGGUACAUUGUUUGCUGUAACACCUUGGCAGGGAAUUCCACAGCUGCUGCUGAACUGGGCUAGGCUGUAUAUGGGCUAGGGCUAGUCCCGGGUCACCUCUGGGCUGAACCGAGCUGGGCUGUGUGUGGGUGACUGCAUAUUCAAUCAUCAGAAAGGGUUGUUCCAACUGUUAUCCGUUUGCCUGGUGCCCAAUGUUGACUUGAGGGCUAGACAGAGGGUAAGACCAGUUGUUGGUAUGUAGAAUUAUCUGCUGGGGUGAAGCUGAAGCAUUAGCAAAAGAGAACAGAGGGAGAGAGAGAGCAAAAGAGAGAGAGGGAGGCAGAGCAGCAGAGAAAGAGAAUGAGGUCGAGAGAGCUGGAGAAGAGGUGAGAUGGGUGUAGCUGGUAAUAGGGUGUUGCUCUGUUGGUUCCUCUGCUGAUCCUCCGAAAUCCCAGCCUGCUAUGAAUCAUAGGAACUGUCCCACCCUUUAGAAGUAUACCCAAUCAGGAUUUCUCAAUAGCCCGGUGAUAGUUUUCUUUUCGCUUCUUGAUGUAAUGAUGAAAUCCUGUGGACGUGGUGUGCCAUGUGAUGUCACUUCCCCUUUGUAAAGCUUCACCAGCAGAUGCAGCCAGGUUAGGGGUUACCGUAGUUACAGAGGCUUUGGGUUACCGUGGUUAUAAAGGCAGUGGGUCUUUGGAUUGUCUUGUAUGCCUUGUUUGAAAUGUUCAUUUGUGUCUCAAUGCAAUCUUUACAAAUCAAACCUUCAGAAAAGAGAAAAAAAGUUGAAAAAGAGCCUGAGUAUGUAUUUUUUAUGAUUGUUAUUUUUAUAAGUGUACUAGACACUGCAGCGCUUUGGAGUGUGCGAGCAGUGUGUGAUCUUGUAUGUCUGAUGGGUCGAACAUGAAGAUGUCUUCAUCAUUAAACAAGAGGUCAAACACAAACUGAGACGUCUCCUGGUGAUGAUUGAAUCUGCAGCGACCUCUCUGCCGCUGGUCUAGUCCUGAGGUCAGAGGUCAUUGUCAUAAACUGCUUUGCUCCAGAUGCUUAGCCCGGCCCAGCA